AUGGCCAAGUUGCUGCAGGCGCCCCCUAAAUUCCUGCCCCCUGAAUGGUACGUUGCAAACAAGGUCCAGUACAGUGGGGCAGAGGCUCAGCGGUCGCGCUCAGAGCGCCUGGUGGAUGAGAGCCAGCGGCUGGUGGAUGAAAUCGAGAAGACCACCCAGAAGACCCAGAGUGAUGUCAACAAGAAAAUAGAACAGAGACUCCAGGAGAUAAAAUUCUGGAAGCAGCAACUGAAUGACAAGCUCGAUCAGAUUACAAAGGAGACUGAAGCGCUUUUGGCAUUCAGGAGCAGGCUAGAGAAAGCCCUGGAGGGCUGUAAAGAGCCUCUCUUCAUUGCCCAGGAGUGCCUCCUGAACCGGGAGAGGCGGGUUGGGAUUGACCUGGUCCAUGAUGAAGUGGAGCGGGAGCUGAUCAAGGAGGUUGAGGUUCUCCAGGGAGUCAUCGCUCUGCUUGGGCGCACGCUGGAGCAGGCCAAUGAGCAAAUCAGGCUUAACCGCUCGUCCAAAUACAAUCUUGAAAAGGACCUGAAGGACAAGUUGACAGCCUUAAGCAUCGACAACUACUGUUCCAGCCUGACCAACAACACUCCUGACGUUGCCUAUGCCCAGAACGUUGUGAAGGUUGAGGAAAACUCAGUGAGCCCCAAGGAGUGGGUGGAUUUCUCCAACAUGAACGUUGAGAAAGCUGACAAGCAGAGGAACAAUUCCUUGGCCCUCCGGGCCCUGAUUGACACCAUCCUCUCCCAGACUGCCAGUGACAUGCGCAAGCAGAAUGACGUGGUCAACACGGCCUUCCGGGCCCGGGUGAAGGAGACCGAGGAUGCCAAAAGCAAGCUGGAAAUGCAUCUGGCCAAGGUGAUGGAGGAGAUCAGUUCCCAAGAGAAGAACGUGGAAAGUCUGUGGAAAGCCAUCUUGGACAAGGAGGGGCCAGCCAAGGUGGCCCAGACACGCCUGGAGACUCGGACGCACCGCCCAAACGUGGAGCUCUGCCGGGACAAGGUGCAGUGCCGGCUCAUGCAUGAAGUGCAGGAGAUCAGCCACAAUAUCCAGAGGCUGAAAGAGACCCUGGCUCAGGCCCAAGCAGAGCUGAAGGGUCUGAACCGCCGGCAGCUUUCCUUGGAGGAAGAGAUUGAGGUCAAGGCCAACACCCUCUACAUUGACCAAGUGCUGUGUAUGCAGAUGAGGGAGUCUAUUUCCAUCAACAACUACUGACCUUGUGCAGGACCCCUGCCCUAAACCCCCCCCCCCCCCAAAAGGGC